GAGCAAAGGCACGCACAUACCUCGGCGUACUCGGCGUGGACCGUGGUGUCGCCGCCCGCUCUGCCCCGCCACCGCCUCCGCCUCCCCAGUACUACCUCGUAGCCGUAGGCCCGCAGCCGGCCACGGCGAAGCUUCCUGAAGCCCCAGCCCAAGGGUUUCCCGCGCCUCCCUUAGCCGGUUCCCAUGGCGCCUCCCCUCCCCCUCCUACUCCGCAUCCUUCUCCUCCUUGUCGCGGUCGCCGCGCCCGCUUGGGCAGCGGCGCGGCGGGAGGCGUUCCGUCGGGACCCCGGGCACGCUCAGUGGCACCACGGCGCCUUCCACGACGUGGAGGAUAGCGUGCGCGCCGACGUUCGCCGCAUGCUACACACCCGCGCAGAGGUUCCAUUUCAAGUGCCUCUCGAGGUUAAUGUUGUUCUGAUUGGUUUCAACGGUGAUGGAGGGUAUAGAUACCCCUUGGAUGGGCACAAGCUUGAACAAUUCCUAAAGAUGAGUUUUCCGCUCCACAGGCCCUCUUGUCUCGAGACAGGGGAGCCAAUUGAUAUUGAGCAUCAUAUCAUGUAUAACGUGAUCGCUGCUGGACAACCAGAGCUGAUUUCGCUUGAGAAGUCACUGAAGGACGCUAUGGUUUCUGCAGGAACUGCAAGGGAGAGUGAAUAUGGUAGGGAAUUUCCUCUCUUUGAGGUAGAAGCAACUGUAGUAGAGCCUAUAUUCGAGAGGCUAUACUCAUUUAUUUUUGAUGUGGAGCCUGCUCAUUCUGCAACCGAGAUGGAUAGACCUGUACCUGUUGCGAUAUUUGUUGUUAAUUUUGAUAAGGUUAGGAUGGAUCCUCGGAACAAAGAAGUUGAUCUUGAUAGUUUAAAGUAUGGUAAAAUUGGUGGACUGACAGAACAAGAGUUAAAAAAACAAGAAGCAGAAUACAUCUACCGGUACCGGUACAAUGGAGGUGGAGCAACUCAAGUUUGGCUGAGUUCUGGAAGAUUUGUUGUAAUAGAUCUGUCAGCAGGCCCUUGUACAUACGGGAAAAUAGAAACCGAAGAAGGCAGUGUUAGUUAUAGGUCAUUGCCUCGGCUAUUAAAUAUAAUCUUCCCAAGAGGACUUGCUGCUCCAAGUGCUAGUUCAACACAAGAUAUUUUUAUGGGUCACCUUGGAAGUUUAAUUUCAACUACCAUAGAGCAUGUGAUAGCUCCUGAUGUCAGGUUUGAAACUGUUGACAUGACAUUGAGGUUGCUUGUACCCAUCAUUGUGCUACAGAACCACAAUAGGUACAACAUUCUGCAAGCCGGUCACAACAACAGUAUAGAUGUUCAAGCUAUUGAAAGAGAGGUUAAAAAGAUGGUCCAUACUGGACAGGAGGUUAUAGUGAUUUCUGGUUCGCAUGCACUGCAUGAGCAUGAAAAGUUAGCUGUCGCAGUUUCCAAAGCAAGGCGUAGUCACUCUAUUCAUGAAACAAAGACUGAUGGUCGAUUUCAUGUUCGUACCAAACCAUACUUGGAUGGAGCAAUACUCAAAGAGGAAAUGGAGCGUUCUGCUGAUGUUUUGUCAGCUGGUUUAUUGCAAGUUGCGGAUCCUUCCCUCUCGAGUAGAUUCUUCCUGAAGCAGCACUGGAUGGAUGAACAAGAUAAUUCACAAGAUUCUAUCAAGCACAGGCCUAUAUGGGAAUCUUACAUGCCCAGGAAUAAGAAAGAAAAACGAGGAGCUGGGAAAAGGAAACAUGGCAGUCUGUACAGAACUUAUGGAACCAGAGUAAUUCCAGUCUUUGUAUUAUCAUUGGCUGAUGUUGAUGCUGAGCUUAUGAUGGAAGAGGAAAGUCUUGUUUGGACGAGUAAAGAUGUUGUAACUGUACUCGAGCAUAACAAUAAAAUGAUUCCUCUAAGCUAUGUGUCAGAAACAACUAGGCAGUUUGCUUAUCCAUCUCUAGCACAGCGCCACAUUUUGGCUGGUUUGGCUUCUGCAGUUGGAGGCCUGAGUGCACCAUACGAACGGGCAUCACGUAUUCAUGAAAGACCAAUUGUGAACUGGCUAUGGUCCGCAGGAUGUCAUCCUUUUGGACCAUUCUCAAACUCCUCUCAGAUCAGUCAAAUCCUUCAGGACGUUGCACUGAGAACUACGAUUUAUGCUCGGGUUGAUGCAGCUCUUCGCAAAAUAAGGGGCACAUCAGAGGCCGUUCAAUCUUUUGCGUCAGCUCAUCUGAAGACGCCAUUAGGAGAACCUGUUAAAGGUAAUAAAAAUAAGUCCAGCACUGAGUUAUGGGUAGAGAAAUUCUACAAGAAGGUAACCACGAUGCCAGAGCCUUUCCCCCACGAUCUUGUUGAACGGUUAGAAGAGUACCUGGAUAGGCUUGAAGGACAACUUGUGGAUUUAUCUUCCUUGCUAUAUGACCAUCGUCUAGUUGAUGCUUCUCAAAACAGUUCUGACAUCCUGCAGAGCACUAUGUUUACAGAACAGUAUGUAGAACGUGUUCUUUCUGCGGAAAGGGACAAGAUGAAGUGCUGCACCAUAGAAUAUAGUCACCCAAAACAGUCAUCCCAGACUUUUGUCUAUGGUGGGAUCCUCCUGGCUGGAUUUCUGGUGUACUCCCUGGUCAUUUUCUUCUCUUCACCAGUUCGUUAACUCAGCAUAUUACUAGAUGAGAGCAGUUGCGGCUUAUCUUUAUGGUGACAAGAUGGUAAGCUUGUGACGUCUGCGUGAAGCCAUGAGCUAACAUUUUGUUGUAUUAGUUAGGGUCUGUCUCUUCAAAAGAAAGAUGUCAUUACGGGCUAUCUUGAAUUGUGGCACAGUUUUGUCUGUGUUAAUUUUUUUUAGUACAUAUGCUGUAGGCAUCUGCAUCCACAUAGCAUAUUUAACCCUUUUGUUCAUGGCAAGUAGGCGACAUCAUCGUUUUCACCCUUUUGCAACUUAUUACUACAGAGGAUAUACAGAGAAACCAAACACACGUGAUUUAACAAUAAAAUCGCCUUCAUCAUGUUGCAAGUUAA